GCCGCCGCUCCCGCCAUGGCGGGCGCGCUGGGCGGAAUGUUCGGCUCCCAGGCCCCGGGGCCGCCGCCGCCGGGCCCGCCCGGCCCGCCCGGCCUCAUCCCGCCACCCGCGGGGGGGCCGCGCAACCCCAACAACACGCUGGUGGACGAGCUGGAAGCGUCCUUCGAGGCCUGCUUCGCCUCGCUGGUGAGCCAGGACUACGUGAACGGCACGGACCAGGAGGAGAUCCGCACCGGUGUUGAUCAGUGCAUCCAAAAGUUUCUGGAUGUUGCAAGACAAACUGAAUGCUUUUUUCUACAAAAAAGACUGCAGCUAUCAGUCCAGAAACCAGAACAAGUAAUUAAAGAGGAUGUUUCAGAAUUAAGAAAUGAAUUGCAGAGAAAAGAAGCAUUAAUUCAGAAGCAUUUGAGUAAACUGCGACACUGGCAACAGGUCCUGGAAGACAUCAGUGUGCAGCACAAAAAGCCUGCAGAAAUGCCUCAAGGUCCAUUAGCUUACCUAGAACAAGCAUCUGCAAAUAUUCCUGCUCCAAUGAAGCAAACAUAACCUUCAGUUUUACACAGCUCAAUAUUUUAAAAGCAAUGGUGUUCUUUGUAUGCUUUUUGUAUAAUGUAAUUUAUACUGCAAAUAUAGUUGAAACAAUUAAGCCAAAUAAA